AUGCCUGAAAGAAAAAUCAAAGCUGUCUUCUUCGACUUCAUGGGCACAUGUCUGGACUGGCACAGCAGCGUAGUCCAGGCUCUCCCGCCCGCAAUCCCCAGACCCGCAGCUUCAAAGCUAGCUCUAGACUGGCGCAAAGAGUACUUCCACGAGAACAGCAAGCGCGUGAGCCAAAACCUCCACGUUGAAGACUUCGACAUCACUCUAGCCCGCACGCUGGAUGUAAUCCUCGACCAAUGGCCCGAUUACAGGUCGCAUUUCGACGCGCAAAUCAAGCAGCAGGUCAUACAAGCAUGGCACUCGCAGCGCGCAUGGCCAGAAGUUUCUGCGGCAAUCAAGAGUCUACGCCAAGACCACGGUCUGGAGGUCUUUGUUCAUGCGAAUGGUACGACGCGUUUGCAGUUGGACUUGGUCCGGUCUUCGGGGCUGGAGUUCAAUAUGCUAUUCUCAAGUCAGUUGUUAGGCGCUUAUAAGCCUCGACAGGAGGCGUAUGAGAAGGGGUUGGAAUUGGUUAAGCUGAAGCCGGAGGAGGUCGUGCUUGUUGCGGCACAUGCGUAUGAUCUGCGGGGGGCGAGCAAGUGUGGGCUGAGGACUAUCUAUAUUCAUCGGUGGACGGAUGAUGUUGAUGAGGAUAUGGAGACGAUUAGGAAUGAGUUUGAUGUGUUUUUGGAGAGUAUGGAUGGGCUUGGGAGUGCUGUUGUGGGAUUGUGA